CAACUUCCGGGAAUCACAUGAGGAGGAAACCAUCUAUGUAAAGGCAAGGGAAUAAAAGAAACACCACCAUAAAAUGGACCCCAACACUGAGAGGUUGGCCAACUAUAUAAACCCCCCGCUCCCCCAGCUAACAAAUUCAACAAACUCACUUCUAACAAUUUUGAAUUCUCUUCCACCAAUUCAAUUCACCUAUUACCCAACAGAAACAUUCUUUAUUACAUCCAUCUUUUCUUCAUCAAGGGAAUGAGCUGGUCAGCAGGAGACUGGAUAUGCAACGUUUGCCAGAACGUAAAUUUCAAGAAAAGAGAAGCAUGCCAUCGUUGCAGUUACCCCAAGUAUGGAGGCCCAGACCCUUCAACUUACAGCUACAACAAGACGGAGGUGUUGGCCGGAGACUGGUACUGCACCGCCGUCAACUGCGGAGCUCACAAUUACGCCAGCCGCCCGAACUGCUUUAGAUGUGGUGCAUUUAAGUCCGUCUAUCCUGGUGAUUAUGGCGCCUACAUGAUGGGUUCCGAUCAGUAUGGAUCUGAUGCAAGCAUCCCACCUGGAUGGAAAUCUGGAGACUGGGUUUGCCCUAGAAUUGGAUGCGGAAUACAUAAUUAUGCAAGCAGGAUGGAGUGUUUUAAAUGCAAAACACCAAGAGGUUUCGGUGGUGCAGUUUAAAGCGGGAAGGAAUUUUGGAAGGCUCUCCUUAUGCGAUUAUAUCGUCUUCUUGGCAUCCGAUCCCUAUCCAAAUGCUGCCUUUUGUUUUCCUUUUUCUUUUUGUAAUGACUAACAACAAUAAUGUUAAGCCCUUAGAAUGCUCCUCAAUAUAGAUAUCAUGGGUGGAGGCCCAUUUUCCCCUCUUUA